AUGGAGCCGCUGCGACUUCCCUUCCCCUCCGGGGACUCAGGGACAGACAAAGUCAUUGUAAAGAAGACGUUCCUGGAGGUGGUGGAGGACAUCACUCCGAGGGGAUUGCCAGCGACCUACAACUCAGAUUCCGUGAUUACCUCGCGAUUUGGCCGACAGCUCAGUGGCAAAUCCGUGGUGGACGACGAGGCAUACGAGGCCGUGCCCGAAGACGCCGAUGGCUCCCCGUAUAUCCAGUCAAAGGACUUGGAGACGGAACCGUAUCCUGACUUUCCGAGAUCCAUCGACCUUGUGCGAUCCACGGCCUCCAAGACGGAAAGGCCGAUCGAGGAGGUGGACGACCAGGAAGAGGAGCUUCCGGUGUUGCUUGGGGGCAAGUCCCAUGUCGAGAAGGACAAGAUCGAGGAGGGCCCCGAGUGCGCCAGUUCGGGACGGAGUCGGCUUCUGAUCUCGACGCUCUUGAGUGAGGAUGAGACGCACCCGAGGGUCGGUCGAGCUCCGCCACCGAUGAUGCCCGUGCUGGGAGCUGCAGGGAUCUACAGGCCUUCCUUGGACCAGCUUUUGGCCCAGUAUGUGGUUGCGGGCGUUCCCACAUUGCCGGGCUUCGUUCCGACCCCGCAACCAUCAGAUAGCACAUCUUCGCAGCCACACUCAUCGCAAUCCUCGCAGCCGCGAACUACCGUGAUGCUGCGUAAUCUUCCCAACAACUACACCCGGGCCAUGGUCAGCACCAUGAUGGACAAGGAAAAUUUUAAGGGCAAGUACGACUUCCUGUACCUCCCCAUCGACUUCCGGUCCAAAGCGAACCUGGGAUAUGCCUUUGUGAAUCUGGUCGACGAGAAGCAGGUCAAGGCAUUCUGGAAAGUUUUUGAUGGCUACACGCGGUGGGUUCUUCCGAGCGCGAAGGUGUGCAGCGUGAGUUGGAGUGGUCCUCAUCAAGGGCAGCAAGCACACGUGGAUCGAUACAGGGACAGCCCUAUCAUGCACAGCAGCGUGCCCGACGAGUUCAAGCCUGCCAUCUUUGCGCAAGGCACCGGAGAGCGCAUGGACUUCCCGGCGCCCUCGAAGAAGCUUCGCGCUCCACGCCGAAGGCCUGGCCAUGGAGGCACCGACGAAGCGCACCGUGCGAGAGCUGCGAGAGCGAGAGGGGCCCAGGCCCGGGGACAGAGAGAGAGAGGUGCAAUGCGCCCCUUCCUUUGUCUGUGUGGAAGAAGAGAGGGGCAAUCCUACCCGUACUUGUACCUGGUGCUUGUUGUCGUCUUGCAGCGUGGGCCAAACACUCCCUCCGCAAAUACAGACAGCACACUCAGCUCAGGAGGGGAUAUUCCUAGACCUCUGCCUUCCCAAGAGUUAUCCGUUUUUUUUGUGUGUGGGGGGAACUUCAAUACACCCUCCGUAGCUAAUAGAGAGUACGUCCGGGCCUCAGAGUGUUUUUAA